UUUCACGCAUGCGUCAAAGCUGAUCGUUGAGAGGCAGGACAGAAGUUAGAUUUUGAUUCCGUAGCGAGCAAUAACCGGACUGCGUAUGACUUUUUAAGGAAAGGAAUACCUUGAAAUUUGCAUAUAGGAAUCGGAACAUUCUCACAAGUGAUCAUGAUUUGGAGGGGAGGCCAUCGACACCUCGUCGCGCUUUUUAUAGCUGUUACAUUAGGAUACACGUUCUCGCAACAAAUUCUGCCAGACUGGCCUAAAGUUGGCGACAGGAUAACACAACCAUUCUUGGAUCAGCUCAUGGUCAGUCAGCUUUUGGAACAAAACCUUACUUUAGGAUUCUUCUUGAAAGGAUUAAAUGGUCCACCAGGCCCACCAGGACCACCUGGACCUGCCGGUGAGCCAGGACCUCCUGGUCUUCCUGGAGCACCUGGAGCACCAGGUCAUGUUGGAGAAGAUGGUGCCCCUGGUCCAAUGGGUCCACAAGGACCACCUGGUCCACCUGGACCUCCCGGAUUCCCUGGAGAGAAAGGAGACCCCGGUGUUGCCGGUCUCCCUGGAAGCCCUGGUCUACCUGGUGCACCAGGUUUGCCUGGACCAGUUGGUCCCGCAGGAUCACAAGGACCCGAACCUCUUAUGCCGAACUUCACGGUUAUUUGCGAGGGAGAGAAAGGAUGGGUACAAUGCAAACAAUACGAAGUCAUCAAGAUCGUCAAAGCAUUCUGGGGUCGUGAUGACCACGCAACCUGUGGCAAGGUGCCAGCUGGCUUAACUACCGAUCGUCUCUGCGAGACAAACGCAGAAAACACAAGGGUCAAGGUCGACGGUCAGUGCAAGCAGCAAAUGGCCUGCGAAGUUGUCGCUUCCAAUAUCUUCUUUGAUGACAACAGUUGUGGAAACGUGUAUAAAUAUCUUAAAAUUUGGUACGAGUGCAACCCUGACGAAGCGAACGCCGUGGACAUCUUGAGAGAAGGCGGCAAGAGGAAAAAGAAGCGAGCAACAAAGGACAAACGAUCAUUCAGAGACAGCCAUUGCAAAAAUGUUAAAGUUUUGCGUGCAAAUCUUUUUCGAAACACUGCCGAAAUCAUGAAGAGUUUAUUGCAGACUUCAAUUCUUUACUUGGUUAUAACAAUAACCUCGCAUACGUUUGCUUCACCUAUUGGAGAUAUUCGGCGGUCAAAGCGCGCACUUUGUGCAGAAAGCGACGAACGAUGCAUCGAAGAUGAGUAUUGGAAGGAGGUAUUGCCUCUUGGGUUCUUCGUCAACAGCAAUGCCGUUGGCGGUGGUGGCGGAGCAGCCACUGGAUCUAAGCGUGCAAUGCCUGGACCAUUAUACGCUGGCAGUGGUAGUGGUCACAUGAUCCAGAGGUCAGACAUCCCUGGCCAAAAGGCCCAGAAUGCACAGGCUUCAGAACAAACUGUCAAGACGAGUGCUGCCAUCGUCAAGAAUGACGUCAGUCCUCCUGCGCCCGCACCAGCCCCCGUGGAUACUCCUGCACCGCAACCCACAACGGAAAAAGACGGCAACAAGCGAAAGGUCGUUUUCUGCCAAGAAGAGAAGGAAUGGCUGCAGUGCCCCAUGUACCGUGUCAUCAAAAUCAACAAAGCAUUCUGGGGACGUAAAGAUCACACGUCAUGCAGUGACAAAGCGGUAACGAGAACGCUGAAAACUGAAAAGCUGUGCGCUCAAGACGAAGCAAACACGAUGAAGAAAGUUGAGACCAUGUGCAACGACGAAGAGGCCUGUGAACUGGUUGCUUCAGAGACCUUCUUCGACAGAGCUGAUUGUCCUGAUGUUUACAAAUACGUUGAAUUAGAGUACGAAUGUCUACACAGGGAAAUGAGGAUUAAGGAAACUGGCUCAUCGUGAAAAAGUAGUAGGAAAGUUGGAUGAUUAAGAAAUACUCCUAAAUACUAGAUAUGUUUUAUGGGACAUGGCAAAAUUAGUCUUGACCCAGCGAAAAUGCGCAAUUUUUAACAAAAUGUUGGACCAAUUUUUUAUUAACAAAUAUCAACGUGAGAGCCAGAAUUUUUCAUUUAAAAAAAAGGUGAAAAUGCUUACGAGUCGUUUUGUGUGUGAAAAAAAUGAAAUUGCGAUCACAGUUAAAGAAAUAAGACGACACACAUUGAUGUGAAAAUUAUACAUGAUAAAAUAUGAAAUCUCAGCUAUUCUCUUUUCAAGCUAUAUAUUAGCAAGAUGUAAAAUACUUCUCUUCAGUGUUGUUAUGUAAUUUAGAAUUUACUUAUAUUUUCUGUAUAAGACCUUUGGACGAUCCGGUUUUUCUUAUAUCCUGAAUAAAAUUUUCUCUGUUUUUAAUGUGAGGUUUGUAAUGUGAAGUCAUAAAACAAGGGUGCGAAUCUAUCAGUUUCGAUUUAAACGAAAUAGAUACUUCACCGUGUGUAACAAUUUUAGCCUCGUUACAUGAAGUACCUGUUUUGGUUAUUAAAGAGAUAAGUUGUAAAAUAAAGAAUCUUGUUUUUAUAAAGAUUGUCUGAUUAGAAGAAAUUAUAAA